AGGACACCAUAAUAAUUAUGACUCCCUCUUAAUUUUAUGACACAGCCCCAGGCACACAACACAUCACUCUUCCCAUAAACAGUUGGCUACUGCCUUCAUUUAUAUUUAUCUCUGCCCUUGCAGCUACCCCUUCGGAGAACUGUAAUUCUCCAAAACAAAAGGGGGCCUCAGUUGUCGUUUUCAAACUGCCAACCUCCGAGCAAACCUGGUUUGAGGCUAAAUAUAACACAUUCAGCAAAAUUAUUUCUAAUUUUGAGUUUGUGGGGGUUGUUCUGAACGACUGAAAAGUAUGCAGUAUGUAACUUAACAACUAUAAGUUUACUCCUAAAAACUGUAGCUACGACAGGGCCUCCCUGUCUUAAUGGGGCAGUGUUAAUUGAGAAGUGCCUGUAUGGAUUAUCAUUACUUCAAGGCGCUGUGCAUACUGUGCAAGCAGGUUUAAGGAGGUUGAAGCAUGUAGGAACUAGAUGCAUACCAAGUGGGCCUUAGGGGGUUUGGAAUAAUACUAGUAAUCAAUAUCAUAGGUGCACAAAUAUUCUCAGUCAUAUAAAACAAAUUAGUAAAUCCUACUUUUUUUUAUCCUAAAAUACAAUUAAUUAACUUUGGUAUCCCAAUCUCCCCUCCCCUUAUAAACAUAUUUUGACAGGUAUCAUUGUGUCCCAAAAAUAGUUUACAAUUCGUUUUCCUUUUCAUACUUACUGAACAUUGUUUGCAUGCAAAACGAUAGUGUAUUCGCAACAAGUCAUUAGGUAUGCUUGAUCGAUUAUUAUUACAAUAACUUUGGCGGGGGGCGGGGGUAUGUGGUGGCGUUUAUGCAGUUUUCAUAAGGUUACUAUACUACCCUACGUUUACAUAAAUAACAUAUACUGCAAAAACAACUAACCGUGUUCAAAGUUAAAUGGAAAAACACCUCUGUUCAAAAAUGUCCACCAGUAAUUGGGUGCCGCUCAUCUUUUGAUGGAUUCUGGAUUGCUCUGCGUCGGCGAUUCAGGUGACUUACGUUUGCAACGCGUUAAUUAGGUCAUUUCAAACUGACAUAUAAAUUGUUUAAUUGGAAUUCCACGUGGUUUUCCUAUGGAGAUUUGGAUUCUCAUGCAAACACAUGUCAACUUGGAUUGUUGGACUACGCUGUUUCUUCGUUCCACCAGUUUCAAAAUACAGCACCAAAAAUGGUUGAAAUUACAGCCUUGCUUAUUGGUGAAGAGGAUACUGUUCAUGACGCUGCCCCUAUUCUUCAAGAAAGCCUUUUGAAAUUCGGCCGUGCAACCAUCAUGACAAGUGACUUGAGCCAUGCUGCAACGCAUCUCAAUAGCUAUUGUUUUCAUUUGGUUGUUUUCCACUUGGGUUCAACGCCGUCUUCAGCAGAAGCAGAAACCCUCAAACUCAUUAGGACAAAAAGCAGCCAGAAUGUUGACAAAAUGAUUUCUAUACUUAUUAUUCCUGAAUUGUAUACAGAGGAUAUCUCAAGCGACACAGCAGAGUUUAUCCUAAUGGAGCCACUAUCUCAGGAUAAGCUGGCGAGAGUCCUUAUUGACUGCCAGUUUCUUACCAGAGGCCAAAGUGACUCGGAUGUAACUCCGGUUUCUUAUGCUGAACCAGUGCAGAGAGGUUUGGAACUACCCAGCUUCCAAGGUGGUCUUGUGCCAUCUGUCUUUAAAAGCUCCGAGUGGCCAGACACUGGCAUGGUCUGUGGAAGUCAGCCUUCGUUCUCUGAAGAGAUUACUUGCAUGUCAGAAGCUCUUCUUCAUUCUAGAAAAGAGCACACAAGGAGGCUGCAAAUUAAAGAGUGUUGUGACCGCCUGCGUGCUCUCCUUCCGAAUAUAAAGGACAACUGGAUUGAUACUGCGUCUGUUCUUGAGAUGACUGUGGAGUAUAUGAGGUACCUUCAGAACAACGUGCCAGAGGAAGUUUUGUCACAGGUGGCUAAAUUAAUGGGAGAAAACCGGACUGGACGAUGGUGGAAACAAACUAAAACCCCAUUGCAACCAACUAAACCCCAACUGAAAGGGAAAGAACGUAACAUAAAGAAAAGUAAAUGCAAAAAAGACAAAAACCCCAAAGCUGGAAGAUUUAAAGCAAAGAAACCCAAAGCCGAUUACCUGGCAGCAAGCUCCUUGGGAAGACGCAUACUUCCUGCAGUAGACAGAAGCUCCAAACUGAGGCCGACUGGCCAGCCUGCUGCUCCUGCAGUCAUAAUUCCUGAUUCCAACCCAAACUCUGCAGAAGUGCUAUUCCAGGAUUUCCCAGCACAUCAGUAUCCUGAAGGAAUAAAUGUCACUUUUGAAAGCUUCUGUACCACUGCAAAUGUCCCUAUACCUGUACCUGGUAAAGAGCAUCUCCCAUUGUUCCCGAAUCCAGGGCCUUGCUUGCAAUACACUGCCUUCAAUCCCACAUUGCUCCCAAAUCCAGGGCCUUGCUUGCAGUACACUGCCUUCAAUCCCCCAUUGCUCCAAAAUCCAGGGCCUUGCUUGCAGUACACUUCCUUCAGGCCCAGACACAUUCCAACAGGGUGUCUGGAAAGUUCCCAUGCCUGUGGUCCUCCAAUGCUUUACUCACAAGAGCCACUUUUUGGUGGGGCCUGGCUACCCUCUCUGUCUUGUGCGGGCAGAUCCUCUCCUGGUGGUUCUAACUGCCACCUGCCAGAAGAGAACACACACUUCUGUGUACUUGAGCAGUGUUACAGCAGCAACCCAGUCUGUACAGAACUAUCAAGGUCUGCUCAAGGAACUGAAUUCAAAUGGCAUUCAAGCAUAACUGAAGUGGGAGAGAUGACUUCAGGUGUCCCACUGCACAUCUGUUCCAUUGAAGAUGUUUAAUGAUGCCACUGCACAGGUGUAGGCAUGUUCAUGGUCUGAAAUUUCUUUUGGAAAGUGAAAGAUAAUGCCUAAGUUUCUGUUUUUGUAUUUGUAAGGACCUUUUUGCUGAAGAAAUAUUAAAUGGAGAAACACAGCAACAAGAGAGAACGUGUAGCUGUUGCAGAGUAAUGUGACUACCCUUUUCCUGUAAAAUGACAUUAUUUUAUUGUUUCUGGUAAUUUAAGCAUUGGGGAUUUCUUUAUACUGGAGACAUAUAACAUUUUUGUUUGGUUAUUGGGUUUGUAUUUACUGUUAUAUAAACAAAUGUCUUGAUUUCUUUAUAAAUUAUUUAUUUAAAGUAAAUAUCCUAUGUUACUGCUUUCUACUGUAAAUGCUGCUUUAUGUUUGUGAAAUUCUGUUUCUGUAACAAUCAGCUUUGCAAACAAAACCAUGCCAAGAGGUUGGAUAAUUAUAGUUUCAAAAUGUA